AUGGGAUAUACCCCAAAUGGUCAAAUAUUGUUCAAACAAUUUCUCAACCCCAAGGUCGGAAGAAAAAACUUUUUUCAAGGAAACAAUGACGUGGAACGAGCAUUUGGUAUCCUUCAAGCACAAUUUGCCAUCCUUAAGGGCCCUGCUCGCUUUUGGCAUCAAGAAGAUCUUGAGCGAAUCAUGAACGCGUGCAUCAUUUUGCAUAAUAUGAUCGUGGAGGAUGAGCGUGAUGAAUAUGCUUCCGAUGAUGAUGAUGAUGAUGCAACUUCUAUGGGUCCUACACCUUCAUAUUAUGACCUUGCAGAUGUUCUUGAGAUCGAAGUGCGACGAAAUGCAGCACCACUUGGAGCAUAUUUAGGUAGGCGAAGAAUUAUGAGAGAUGAAAUUCGCCACCAUGCUCUUCGAAAUGAUCUUAUUAAUCACUUGUGA